AUGCUGCCUCUAUUCAUUAAUCGCUGUCAAAUCGCAUUAACUGCGUUGUCUUUUCCGCCUAUCUAUUUAUUGCUUCUAUUAUUAUUAUAUUAUGUUGCCUUUCAGAUUCAACAACUGAAAAGCGAAUUUGGAUGGGGUUCGGCUGUAAAUGUUAAUAAUAUCCACGAUUCAGCUCAUCACGCUUACCAGAAGUUUUUCUAUGAUACUUUUGAGUGGGCUGUUUUGGAGAAUGCUUUAAAAUGGCCAGCUUUAGAGGGAAGCAAGGUGGGUACUAGUUACAUUACCCUAUUCAACUCUAUAAAUUUAUCUUGCAGAAUAAAGGUCAGAGGACAUAAUAUAUUUUGGGGUGGUGGAAACAAGAUUCCACGGUGGCAGAAAUCGAUGUCUGGUGCAGAACUGAAAUCAGUAUUGGAAAAACACAUCCAGGAUAUGACUAAAACAUUUAAAGGAAAAUUUCAACACUGGGAUGUAGAGAAUGAGAAUAUCCAUCUACAUUACUAUGAGGAUAUACUUCAUGAUCCAGAUAUCACCCAAUGGAUGUUUCGAGAAACACAUCGACUAGAUCCACACACUAAAUGUUAUUUAAAUGAUUACAGUGUUGUUAGUAGCAGAUUGUCAACUUUGGCCUAUCUUGACCAAGCUUUAAAAUUCAAAGCUGCCGGUGUUCCAGUAGGUGGUAUGGGAAUUCAAAGUCAUCUGGGAAAAAACCCAGAUCUUACGAUCAUUAAGAAAAGGCUUGACGAGGUCGCCAAAGCGGGAUAUCCCAUCUGGAUAACAGAAUUAGAUAUUAAUGAAUCAGAUGAAAACAAGAAGAGUAAGAAUUAUGAAGAUGUUAUGAGACUGUAUUUUAGUCACCCGGCUGUACAUGGUGUUAUGUUCUGGGGUUUCUGGGAUGGUCGACAUUGGAGACCAAGUGCAGCUUUAGCUAAUGGUGAUCAUGUUACGCCAAAUGCUGCCGGAAGAAAAGUUCAAAACCUUUUACAAAAGGCAUGGAGAACCAACGAGACCCGUGAUAUUCAACAUGGUCAAAAACUUCAUAUUCGAGCUUUUAAAGGAAAUUACAAGCUAUUAGUACAUCAUAAUGGUAAUAUGAUACAUUCUCAGAAUUUUAGUCUCAAUUCCAAUGGUAACAGUUUAAAUAUCAACCUCAGUGGUUCCGGUGAGUAUACUCAAAUUUUUGUUGCAUUAUGA